UUGGCAAUGCCCAAUUAGUAAUUAAGACUAGAUAAGAAAGUAUACUGCAACCAAGUUUAUAUCCAGUAGUCCUGAUUUAUAUUUGGCCACUGGACCUUGAUGGCUCUGGAGGGGAAAAUGAGGCUCGUGAACUUGUAAAGCCCUCCCUUACUUGAAUUCAAUUCACUUGCAUGUCAUGGCAUCACCUCCUUGAUGUCACAGUCCUCUUCAAGAAUGAAGGACAAAUAAUAACAAUGGCAAAGGAUAGAUAAGUAAUCAAUAGGUGAAGACAGUGAGAGAAGUCAUUUUGAACAAGCUAAAGAAAAGGUAGAAAAGCAGGACAUUGUCAAUCAUAAAUAAGAACAAAAAAAGUGAAAUUUGACUGAAAUAUUGGGUAUGAAAAUGAUUUGUAUUAAAUGAUGUGACAGAUAAUGAAAUUCCUUACUGAUUAAUAAGCAUUUUUCAGCAAGUAUAUGCUAGGCACAAAACUUUGGGAAUACAAAGAAGAGCAAAAGAAAAUCCUUAUUCUCAAAAAGUUCAGUCUAAUAAGGGAGAUAACUUGCAAACAAUUAUAUACAAACAGUAUAGAGACAAUAAAUUGGUUGGAGUUUCAUAGGGAAGGUGCUAUAAUUAUGGGGGAUUGGGUAAUGCUCCUGUAGAGUAUCUCAUCUUAGACUUGAAAGAAGCCAGAAAAACCAAGAGAUAGAUGAGGAAAGCCAGAAAAUGAUUGUCUUAUAUGAGGAACCUUAAGUAGAACAGUAUCACUUAAUUACAUAGUGUGUGGGGAGGAUAUAGUAAGAUGUCAGAAAACUUAAAAUGUAAGAGAGGAGCAGAUUAUAAAGAACUUUGAAAUUUGGCAGAGAGGAUUUUACAUUUGAUAAUCGUAAAGGUGAUAGGGAGCCACUGAAGGUUAAUGAGUAAAAGAGUAACAUGGCCAGAUUUGUGCUUUAUUUUUAUUUCUUAAAAUUUAUUUAUUUUGUGUAUUGUUUAUUAUUAUAUACAUUGUUUAUGAAUCACAUUAGGAGAGAAAAAUCAGGGCAAAAGGAAAAACUAAUGGGAUAAAAAAAAUAUUCAGAAAAAAAGAAGUGAACAUAGCAUGUAUUGAUUUACAUUUAGAAUUUAUAUUGUUCUGUAAGGAAUGACCAGCAGGAUGAUUACAGAGAGGACUGGCGAGACUUACAUGAACUGAUGCUGAGUGAAAUGAGCAGAACCAGGAGAUCAUUAUAUACCUCAACAACGAUACUGUUUGAGGAUGUAUUCUGAUGGAAGUGGAUCUCUUCGAUAAAGAGAGCCGUAAUUGAUCAAAGAUGGACAGAAGCAGCUGCACCCAGAGAAAGAACACUGGAAAUGAAUAUAAACUGCUUGCAUUUUUGUUUUUCUUCCAGGGUUAUUUCUACCUUCUGAAUCCAAUUCUCCCUGUGCAACAAGAAAACUGUUCGGCUCUGCACACAUAUAUUGUAUCUAGGAUAUACUGCAACCCAUUCAACAUGUAAAGGACUGCUUGCCAUCUGGGGGAAGGGGUGGAGGGAGGGAGGGGAAAAAUCAGAACAGAAGUGAAUGCAAGGGAUAAUGCUGUAAAAAUUACCCUAGCAUGCGUUCUAUCAAUAAAAAGUUAUUAAAAAAAUACAUUUAGAAUUUACAUUCAGAUUUAUCAAGAACUUGACAUUUGAGAGGAAGGGCUGAAGAUUAACCACCAGGUUAUUCCACUACUCCAAACGUGAAAUGAUGAGGGCCUGAACCAGUAUGGUGGCAAUAUCAGAAAAAGGGUCAUAUACAAGAAAAAUUAAAAAAAAAGUUUGUCAAUGAAUUGAAGAUGGAGGAUGAGUAAGAAGUUGAAGAUGGUUGACUGAGAAGACAAUUUUGUAGCUGAAUCUAGUGACCUCAUUUGGAGUUUUCUUGGGAAAGAUAUGCAGAAACUGAGGCAUAGAGGACAGAAUGUCCUUCCAAGUCAAGCACUUAAAAAGUGUCUGAAGACAGAUUGGAACUUCCGAAAAGGAAUCUCCCUAAUUCCAGGUCCUGGAUGCUAUCUACUGCGCCCCCUACCGGCCUAAUAGGAAGAAUAAUGACAGUGCUCUGAAAGUAGUAAUAGGCAGCAUAAGUUACGGAAGCCCGUAAGGGCAAGGAGCGAAGCCCGCAGCCUGAAGGAGGCUACCAGAAGGGGGCGCCUUUGGGUCUCGAUGGCGCCCUAAGAAGGCAGCAGAAGCGGCAGCAUGGCGGAGAAACAGCCUGCGGCCAAGGUCACCUACUAUCGGUUGGAGGAGGUGGCGAAACACAACUCGAAGAAUGAUGCUUGGAUGGUGAUCCACGGGCGAGUGUACAAUAUCACCGGCUUCCUGGGCGAGCACCCGGGGGGAGAAAAGGUUCUGAUGGAACAAGUGGGUCGGGACGCGACCAAGGGCUUCGAGGCUGCGGGACACUCGGAGGAUGCGCGGGAAAUGCUGGCUCAGUUCUGCCUCGGGGAAUUGCAACCGGGUGAGCCCGGGGCUCCGCAGCAGCCCUAGACGUCCACUUCCGCGGCCCCUGGGCUGCCCUGUAGUGGGUCAUGAGCCAGCCUCGAAGGAGCCAGCAAGCAAACACGCGAGAGCGGAAAACGGGCGAGUUGGACUUCCAGCUGUUAUGUCGCGAUGGGCACGCCCAUUGCCCGUUUGGUGCUGGGAGGGGCACCUCUUCUUCCUGGUGCAGUGCCCCUUACUGCAGCACCAUUCCUCAUCGUCCUUGGCCAUUACCUUUUCUAGCCAAAUUUUCUUCCUAAUGUUUUUGUAAACAACACUUCUUCCACAGUUUUUUGUCAUUCAGUCCAAUGAAGCAGAGAAGAAAUUUGAAAGCAUAUAUUUAAAACAAUUCUGUGCUUUUACAGGGGGGGAAAUGCUAUCUGCUUACAGUUUAGUUUUUAAUUUAAAAAAAAGUCUUUUUCUAGUACUUUGAACUUAGAAUAGAUAUUUUCAAAAGAAUGGCAGGAAAAAAAAAACUGGUUUUGUGUUUGAGAAUGCUUGUUCUUUUCUCUCUAUAUAUUUAUUACUUUUAAGCGAAUCUCAGUUAAAAAGAAUUAAUCCAACAUAAUUCUGUUAAGUUUGAUAUUUCUGAGUUAUUUGUCUUAAGUAGAAAUUUUACCCAGAAUGCAGUUUUCUAAAUUGUCAUCUUUUUCAGUUCCCCAGGAAAAUAAAACUUUACCUCUGUGGGCUCAAUGUCUUCUCUUUCUAAGUGGUAUUUGAAAUAAAACUCUCUCCAUUGGUGGAUGAAUGGUCAUUUGAGCUAAGGGAGUUUAUAGGAGCAGCUUAGUGAGGAGAUAGAAAGGAGUGACAGUUUGAAUAAAAAAGAUUCUGAAUUAUUACUCUGGGACAAUAGUGUGAGGUAAUAGUAACCACUCCUAUAUAGUUUUAUUAUUUAUUUAUUUACUUCUGUUCUAUGGGGGAGGGGGAAGGGGUGGGAAACAGCAACAGAUUUAAGUGCAGAGUUAGUCUGGUGAACUUCCUCAGGGUAUUUAUUUAAUUGAGUGAAUUUUGGAGAAACCUUGUUUGCUUAGAAAAUAUGAUUCCAAAUAUAUCCAUGACAUUUGGAAUGGGAAAUGAUUGGUAUGAUAAUAUGGCAUUUGGGGUUGGAAUAGGGGAAAUAAGAGAAAAUGUUUAAAUUUUUGCUUGUCUUGUGUGUUUGUAACUAUUACUCUUGGAAUGUACUAGAAUAAAAGAUAGCCCGAUG